GAAAUUGUUAGCUCGAUGGUAUUGUCAGAACACAAUAUGAAAGGUGUACAGCAGGUAUUAAAACACGAUCAGCGCGAAUAUAAGUUUAAACCUGUCAUAUAGUUGUUAAAUGCGCACGUUGGAAUGUGGUGAAAGUCAGAAUUUGUUUUAGAAAGUGUCGUGGAGUCUGGACAGCGGUGUUGAUGCUCUUAUCACACCUGGACAUUAUGUAAAAAAGAUCAUGGAUUCCCAACCGCUUGUAAAACCGAUGAAAGCAGAGCCAUUGAAGCUGCAUGGGGACAACACUGACGACUGGGUGAGUCCAUUCGGAUGCGAACACGUGGUGGUUAACUUUAGUCCGGAGAAAACUAGCAGAAAGAAGAAAACUAAGAAGAAAGCGAAGAAAGGUGGGAAGGAAAUCGAAGAUGAAUUGCAGUCAUUCUGUGUUCUGUGCGGCGAAACAGUGAGCGACAACGAAAAUAUGUUGCAAGCUAACAAAAACGAUGAGAUGAAAAGCCCCAUGCAAGAAACGCAAAAAGAUGUGAAACUGAUAAAUUCUGUUGUGGACAAAAGACAGACAUUGUUUUCAAGCGCGCGGAAACUAUCUUCAAGUGUUUCGAGCUUAUCGCAGUCGUCAGCCGCACAUGUCUAUGACACCAGGGCGUGUCUUAUACAUGCACAUAAGAAGAUCAAAUACUUCUGUGAAGACCACCAAGAAGUGUGUUGCAGCGUGUGCGUUAACGUCCUUCACCGGGGAUGCGAGCGAGUCAUGUUCAUCAAGGAUGAGCUGAAUAACGGCUGGGAUCCAAAGACGUGCGAACACACUAUGAAAGCUUUGGUGUAUAUCGCCGAAAGCUUUGCGAAGAUCAUUGAGCAGAAUCAGCAGGCGCACAAAGAACUCCAAGACGAGAUGGAAGCAUUUAAGCACAGACGCGAACAAUUUCGAAAAAAAGUCAUACAUCUUUUGGACGAGUACGAUAAUACUAGUGAUAAGAUGGUUAAAAAGUUCAUAAAAUUAUCGGAACGUGACAUAAAUUCUACAAUAGAAACCUGUAAAGAGGCAAUGAGAGAAGCCGAGGCGUCACGAGAAAUGUUGGAAUACACACUGAACAGUGCGACAGCUAAAGAAUCCUUUAUUGCAACCCAAAAAGUGUUGAAACAGAAGAACAAGUAUGGAUUCGCUUUGUCUGAAGCCGUGAAAAAAUCUAAAAUACGCGCGAUAGAAUUCGUACAGGAUAGCGCUUUUGAGAACAUUGAAUCCCUGAAAAGGAUUGCCGAAGUACAAUUCAGUGCAGAAUCAGUUAUGUUCCCAGAAGGUGUUAUAUCGUCAGUAUCCAAGUUACCGAAACACGAGAUCCGUUCCCCAAGAGAUGUACUCGGAGUUUUCGCAAGGAGUGACACCACAUCAUCGCUAGAAAACACGUUGACAUUUGUCGGUAAGUUCAGUGUCCGUUUAGCAGACGACAAGGGCCAAUGUGAGAACGUGGCUGCAGCGUUUUUAGCAGACGACAGAGUCGCUGUGGUAGAUAUGAAGAACAAGAAACUGAAGGUGUUUGAUUCGAAGUUUUCCAAAGCUUAUUCCGUGGAGUUAAGUUCUGAGCCUCGAGGAGUAGCGGUGGUUAGUCCGCAUGAAGUAGCGGUCUCUCUACCCGAUGAGAGCAAGAUUCAGUUCGUGACCACCCACAAGAAACUGUCCGCGAUCAGAUCCAUUCUGACCAGUCUUCCUUGUUAUGGAAUCACGUGUUUCAAUCAAGAACUCAUCGUGUUGUGCGACGACGGAUUCUCAACGACAGCCAUUCAAGUAUUAGACUUAGACGGUAAGGUGAUUAAGACGCUGAAAAUGAACAAGUCUGGACACGUGAUCUUGAAAAAUCCUUGGAAUUUAGCAGUGAACCUCGACGGGCAACAUGUGUGUGUUACGGACAGGGGACGGCUGGUGUGCGUGGACAUGAAAGGGGCCAGGGUAUUCCAGUACCUGAACGACAGCCUCGAGAACGCCCGGGGGCUCACUGUGGACAAUCUGGGGCGGUACUACGUGUGUGGCACGGGCUCCAGUAACGUGCACCAGGUCUCGCACGACGGGAAGCUGCUCGGGGUCGUACUGACAGAGAAGGACGUUCCCCAGCCUCAGGCAGUCUGUUACCAGCAGAGCAAGCGGCUCCUCCUGCUCACAGCGGUCGGAAAUGACAACAUCUACCUUUAUAAAUUACCCAAAUGAGCUGCAAAUACAUUUAAUAAAUUUUAUGGAUAUGGGCUCAUUUCGAGUCAAGUGACAUAAUGAUAUAGCUAAAUAGUUCUCAAAGUGUUGCUCAGGAUCCCACUGAUCGGAAGAAAGGCAUUGUGUGUUGACGGUCCGAAUAUCACUACUUGAGCUGAGCACUACUUCCGACCGAGUUCCAUGGACGUUCAGUUAUAGUUUAAAUGGACCGUCAACCACGAAUGACGAAAACAGAAAAGUUCUAAAGUACCGUAUUUUGUUACAAUUAUUAGUUAAUAUUGAUUAAAAUAUCACGACUGAUA